AUGGUGAACUGGAAAUCGGAGGAAGUGAUCCAGAUGGAUUCCAUGAUCUUCCUGAAGUUUAUGCAUGCCCUCCUUGGUCUAUACUUAUGGGAAGUCUUUAUCUCUCUGGACUUCGACUGGGCUGUCAUGACAGGCAAGACGAGGUUCCGCUGGCCACUGGUUUUCUACUUUGCCGGCCGGUAUCUUCUUCUUUUUGCGCUCAUCGGAAUUGCUGUAGCCCUGGAUACACCAAGUGAAAUCAAUUGUCAAGCACUUUAUGCCUUCAAUCAGUUAGCUGGUAAUGCGGCGGUCGGACUCGCGAGCAUUAACCUUUCUUUCCGGACGAUAGCUAUCUGGUCUCAGAAUAUCUGGGUCGUUAUCUUCCUGGUGUUGAUCAUCAUCGGGCAUUGGUCCCUCAUCUUGCAAGGUGUCCUCCUGACUGCCGUCUGGCGUCCCGGCAUCGGUUGUGCAAUCACUUACAGUGAUACCACUAUCCUUGCUGCCACUUUUAUUUAUUCAAUGUGUCUCGAUUUUGUGGUCUUGUGCCUUUCGGCAUAUAAGCUCGCCUGGACACCUACGCGGAAUGGCACGAACGGUGCACCCACCAGACUCGUCAGGAUGUUAUUCUCCGAUGGCUUGAUAUAUUUUUUUAUCGCGUUCGGGUCCAAUGUGAUCGCGACAAUUAUGAUGGUGCUCGACUUGAAUGCCACCAUGAGUGUCAUUUGCAACGUCCCAGCUGCUAUUGCUUCAACAAUUGUGGCAUCUCGUGUUGUCAGGCGGCUGACCAAGUUCCAGCGUUCAGGACUAGAGAUGAUCAGCUUGCCUCGGGAAAACUCCGGUACUCCAUUCAAGAACACCAAUGCAGGACUUUCCAAUCCAGUUAAUACACCAAGUACCGCUAGCAUUCACGUCGAGAUGGACGCCUUUACACAUGCGGCGAAUAUUGACCUUGAGGGGUAUCCUGGCGUCCGUCGCACCACGUCUUCAGCAGCAAGCUACAAUGAGGACCAUAAGCCGGUUCAGGUAGUUUGA